CAUAUCUAGACCGAAGCAACAUUGGAAAUGCCGCUAUUGCUGGAAUGACAACCGAUCUGAACCUGACCGGCAAUAGGUUGAACGUUGCAGUGACUCUGUUUUAUGUUACAUAUAUUGCCUUCGAGGUACCGGCAUCAUUAGCGCUUAAGAAGCUACGCCCAAGUCGCCUUAUCCCAUUUUUCGUUAUCUGCUGGAGCGCUGUUAUCAUUGGCGCAGCCUUCGUUAACAACUACGCUGGUCUCAUUGCGACGCGUCUACUCCUAGGUUGCUUCGAGAGCGGGCUCUUCCCCUGCUUGACACUGUACCUCAGCACCUUCUACCAGCCUCUUGAGCAAGCUCGCCGUAUUUCAUACCUCUUCGUCGCAUCAGCCCUCUCCGGGGCUUUCGGAGGCCUACUUGCAUAUGGUCUGACGAGUCUCCAUGGCGCCAAAGGUCUCGCAGGAUGGCGAUGGCUCUUCUUGAUCGAGGGCGUCAUCUCAAUGAUCGUCGGCCUCAUGGCUAUCUUCCUUCUCCCCGACAACUUCGAGACAGCCUGGUGGCUCCGUGAAGACGAAAAGGUCAUCAUGCGCGCUCGAACUGGAAACGCAAGCUUGUACCAAGGCGCGUCGCUCUCCAUCGAGACAUUCGACAAGGAAGAAGUCAAGUACGCCUUCCAGGACCCCAAAGUUUGGUUGUCAUCGUUCUGCCAGUUCUGCGCCGACACGUGCUCGUUUGGUUUCUCAACUUUCCUGCCCGUCAUUAUCAAGGGCUUUGGGUACUCAAGCAUCCACACCCAACUGCUCACUGUGCCGGUAUACAUCUGGGCAUCCAUUGUCUAUAUCACCGUCUCUUUCGCAUCGGACCACUUCAACCGCAGGGCUAUCUUCAUGGUCCCAAUGGCGCUCGUUACUUCGAUCGGAUACGCUAUGCAGCUGGGAGUCUCUAUGGAUAAAACGGCUGUCCUCUAUUUCGCGACCUUCGUCACUGCUACUGGUAUCUACUGCGUUGUUGGCUUGAACGUCACCUGGAUCAUCAACAGCAACGCCGGCUACUUCAAGCGCGCAACAGCUAUCGGCCUGCAGCAAACCAUUGGAAAUAGCGCCGGUAUCAUGGCCGGACAGAUCUAUCGUCUGAAAAACGCCGAUGGACGCUAUGUUAUCGGCCAUGCAAUUUCUCUCAGCACCAUGACUACGGCUGCAGUGGGCUACUUCACCAUGUUUCUCCUUCUGCGCGGUCUGAACCGCAAGCGCGAGAACAUGUCGAUUGAGGAGCGGAUUAAAGAGAUUGACGCAGGCAAAAUGGGAGAUAGACAUCCUGAUUUCAGGUAUACGUUGUAGAUAGAUGUUGGGGUGAACUUCGAAAAAAGAAUAGUGCUUUGUACUCGAAUGCAUUUAUGUAUUACCCCUGUAGCUAAUUUACAUAAAGCCUCACGUGAUCAGCAUAC